CUCACUCGACAUGAACGCCUCUCAGGCCCCGAGGCUGCUGGCCUGGCUCCUCGCCCUGCUGGCCGGUCCGGUGUUCUGCUCGGAGCAGGAGACCCAGCUGGUGAAGAAGCUUUUCACCGGCUACAACAAGGUGGUCCGACCCGUGAACCACUUCAGCGAAGCCGUGGUGGUCACCGUGGGACUGCAGCUGAUCCAGCUCAUCAGUGUGGAUGAAGUGAAUCAGAUCGUGACGAGCAACGUUCGUGUGAAACAGCAAUGGCUGGACGUGAAUCUGAACUGGAACCCAGACGAAUACGGAGGAAUCCGGAAGAUCAGAGUCCCGUCAACCGACAUCUGGAAACCAGACCUGGUGCUAUACAACAACGCUGACGGAGACUUCGCCAUCAUCCACCAGACGAAGGUCCUGUUGGAGCACAGCGGGAUGAUCACCUGGAAUCCUCCGGCCAUCUUCAAGAGCUACUGCGAGAUCAUCGUCCUCCAUUUCCCCUUCGACCUGCAGAACUGCAGCAUGAAGCUGGGCACCUGGACCUACGACGGGCUGCUGGUCAUCAUCAACCCCGACAGCGAUCGUCCCGACCUCAGCAACUUCAUGGAGUCGGGUGAAUGGGUGCUGAAGGACUACCGGAGCUGGAAACACUGGGUGUACUACACCUGCUGCCCCGACACGCCGUACCUGGACAUCACGUACCACUUCCUGAUGCUGCGGCUGCCGCUCUACUUCAUCGUCAACGUCAUCAUCCCCUGCAUGCUGUUCUCCUUUCUCACCGGACUGGUCUUCUACCUGCCCACCGACUCCGGCGAAAAGAUGACGCUCUCCAUCUCCGUGCUGCUGUCCCUGACCGUCUUCCUGCUGGUCAUCGUGGAGCUCAUCCCCUCCACCUCCAGCGCCGUGCCCCUCAUCGGGAAAUACAUGCUCUUCACCAUGGUGUUCGUCAUCGCCUCCAUCAUCAUCACCGUCAUCGUCAUCAACACGCACCACCGCUCGCCCAGCACCCACACCAUGCCCGGCUGGAUACGCAAGGUGUUCAUCGAAACCAUUCCCAACAUGAUGUUCUUCUCCACGAUGAAGCGUCCCGGUCAGGAGAUCCGGCAGAAGAGGAUGUUCCCCACCGACAUGGACAUCUCCGACAUCUCAGGUAACCCCGCCCCCACCAGCAUCACCUACCAGUCUCCCAUCACCAGGAACCCGGACGUCCGCAGCGCCAUCGAAGGGGUGAAGUACAUCGCUGAGACCAUGAAGUCAGACGAGGAAUCGAACAACGCAGCGGAGGAGUGGAAGUUCGUGGCCAUGGUUCUGGACCACAUCCUGCUCUGCGUCUUCAUGGCCGUGUGCAUCAUCGGGACGCUCGGCGUCUUCGCCGGGAGGCUCAUCGAGCUCAACACGCUGUAGAGGACCCCUAGUGGUCACCUUGGGGCGUGCACGGCGGUGCGUUCGCUGACAUUGAGGAGAAACCCAAUGCAGGGGGGGGGGGGGGGGACGAGUCUCGAGAUCUGCGCGGGUCAUACUUGAAGGGUUUCUUGUUGUUGUUUCCAGGUGUUUUUGAACAGUGUAGUAAUGAGCGCUGGAGUAAACGUUAUCGCUGGGGAUAAAAAGCCGUAACCGUGGUAAUGAGUCUGGGUUUUUUUGUUUGUUUUUUGGCAGCUUCAUUUAAGGUUUUGGGUCAGAGGUUUUUAUCUUGAAAUGUUCAAACUGACCUUUUAACACGAGAACGUUUUCAUGUCUAUGUGCUAAAUAUCAUAAAAAAUUUCUGUAUAUUAAAAAUGUUUGCAUGGAUAGAAAAAUGAAAA